AUGCCGGGCGUUCCCAAGACACAGGGGUGCCAAACUUGUAAGCUCCGGAAGAUCAAGUGCGACGAAACAUGGCCAGCGUGCGCCAACUGCAGAAAAUUCAAACUGCUGUGCCCCGGCCCGACGCAGCUGCUCAAGUUCCUGACCUUUGAGGCUCCGGGGAAGAAGAAGUCCCGGACCAUUGCCUCAAAUGAGCACGGCGCCGCAAGUGUCUGGCGCAGCCUGCAGCGCCGUGGAGCUCGCGGUGCUGCCAAUGCUGGCGGUGAGCAAGGCAUGGUAGUGAUUCCCCGACCAAUCUCACCAACGGAGGGAGAUCGCUCUGUAUCGCGCUUGGUCGCGCACCUGGAGACCGGGCUGAAAAAAAUCGGGUGUCUCAACUUGAGUUUUGCCGUACACCUACCGAAGCGGCUGGCAGAGAGUACCUGCCUGCGAGAUUCGGUGGACUUCUUCUGCAGAGCCCUGGUGGACUUCCAGAAUCCAUACCCCCAGGGGGCCGUCCUAGCAUUUCCGCAAUACGGGAAGGCCUUGAAGAGUCUGAGGAUGGCGUUGGUCGGCGGCGAGGCCCUCAAGGCGGAGACACUGGCUGCCGUGGCAAUAAUAGAACGCUCCUCGAGCUUACUUGACCGAUGGGGCAGAACGGGAAAUAUCCAUUUCAAAGCCGCAUUGCAGAUUAUGCGCCAGCGAGGCUCAAUGGGUAGAACGAAUGCCAACGACGAGCUGGAUGUUGCCCUCUGUCGUGACCUUCACCAGCAGGCAAUGUUUGGUUGGACAGUGAAAGAAGCCGAUGAAUCUGAGGAGGUGGUGCCAUGGGAGGAAGCCUUUGCCAGAGUUGCCAAAGCGCAAGAAAAGGCUUCGCUAAUGCAGCCCUUGGCACUUGAGGAUCUAACGGCCCUCUCUGGGUGCUGCACCCAUCUAAAUGCGCGAGUGUCCCAGUUCCAGUCCUGGCUCAAAGAGCCGGACGCCAAGAACAAGUUGAAAUUCACAUAUUGGAAUAAAGACCUCAGUGAGAUGGAGAAGACCAUGACGGGGUUAUCCAAACGGUUGGCUCGAAAUGGUCUCAAACAAGGUCAUAUGGUGGUAUUGCCCAUGGACGAUGACCACGUUCUUGAGACAAGAUACCAAUUCUCGUGGCCUUUAUUAUGCUUGCUGUAUAUGGUCCAGCUGUAUACCCAACUGGUAGCUCUUACCGUCAUGCAAGAGACUCACUCCAUUCUACAUGGCAAGGCAAGCAGUACGUUACACACCAGGCUCCGAGAAGUUGCCUUGGAGGUUUGGAAGUGCGGGCCGUAUCUUCAAUCUCUGGAUCCCAUGACUGGGCCCUUCCCAACAGCACCUAUUUUCGCGACCUACGAAAUUGCCAAUCCGAAGGAGAAAGAAUAUGUGCUUGAUUUGGUUCGGUACUUGGAUAAAUACUGGGGAAACUUGCCACGGACCCGUGAGGAGCAACGGCAAUAUUUAUCGAAGAUGGCUUUGGCUCUGACUGGUCGAGAUCCAGAUACUCCUUAUUUUUAA